AUGGCGUCUCCUGCAUCCACCGAACAGCCAAUUUCCGUGCUGAUGGUCUGUCUAGGCAACAUCUGUCGGUGAGAGAUCAUUUCAACAUCAUUUCUGUCUGAGCUUGGAUCGCUUGGAGGGCUGACGUUCCGCGAUCUCAUCGAUGCUCGCGCAGGAGCCCGAUGGCAGAAGCGGUGUUCAAGGAUACCGUGCACAAACAUCCAUCGGAACAAGUUCGCAAGGCUUUUGGUCAGAUCGAUAGCGCUGGUACUGGAGCGUAUCAUGCGGGAGACGAUGCGGAUCCUAGGUGAGGAGCUCGGCGUCAAGACAUAGAGGACAGGAGGACCGCCGUCUGUUCGAGGCAUACAUUCUGGCUUUUGUUCGGGAGAUCGACUUCCCUUUCCCCGAAACGGACGUCGAUCUGACCUUCUUAUGUCGUGCAUCAUCGGCAGGACACAGGCCGAGCUGCGAUCGCAUGGGAUUAGAAGCACGUGUCGCGCUCGCAAGGUGACACAAGCAGACUUUCGAAAUUUUGAUUGGAUCUUUGGCAUGGAGUGAGUAGGCCCAUUGUAAGAUCUCACCACAGUAUGCGCAAAUGGCAACACAUGCUGAAACAGUGACUCGUUGUCCUGUGCUGCGCCGCAAAAUCAGCACUUCGAACGUCCGAUCAUUGCGAGCCUCUGCACCCAGAAAUUCGCGCGCGCGUGUUGAAAUAUUCGGAGUUUUCGAUGAUUCUAGACCCAUCGCGGAUCCUUACUAUGGCGGUGACGAUGGAUUCAAAGAAUGCUACUUGCAAUGCGUCCGGUGAGUUGUCUGUAGACUUGUGCGCCGUCGUAGGUUGUGGACGUGUCCUGCAGCUGACAUCCUUGGAAUCGGCUUGCAACAUAGAUAUUCGAAUGCUUUCCUGAAGCAUCUAGGAUUCCCGCUAGCUGCAGAAGAUCCAAAUUCAGCUCUUUGA